CCAAAGGUCCCGCCAUCCAACUCCGUUCCUGUACGGCCUGCGCACCCCGAAGGAAAGCUACAGCUCUUUGAAGUAUCCCAGGGCGUCUCCGUGAAGGGCGGGGCGUCAGUGCCCCCAGCGAUCUGAAUAGGGGGCUCCCAGAGGCCACGAAUAUUCCGGAUGGACUACAUUUCCCAGAAGCCACCGGGCUCGAAUCACCUUCGACUUGUGGGUUCCCUUCCUUUGGAGAGACCGUGGAGCCUGUCUGGUAAGUAGGUCGCUGCCAAAAAGAAAAAUGAGUGGAGGCUUCCACAGUCCCUCACUGGAGCUGGGCGGGAACCGACGUCAGGGGUGAGAGUGAGGGAGGCGCUGGAGCCCUUUGAGGUCUGCUGCUGAUUAUAAAUCCCCAAGAGGAAAGUCAUAUUCUGAACCCUAGAAUGUAGGAUCUGAGCCAGAAGACGCAGGCUUGAUCUUGGCAUGAGAUUUUUGAAGUUGGAUGCAGCUCCAAGGCAGGCUUCUGGGAAGACAUGAUGAGGAGGCCUCAGGAGUAGGAUUACCUUCGGUGCUGCCAGUCUCUAAAAAAAAAAGUAUCCUGAGAGGAAAGACUUGUUACCCAUCUAAAAGUUAAAAGUCCAGUAGAGGAAUCCUGAGGAGGACUAGCAGCUCUAAAAUCAUGGCACAGAUGCCAUUGACUUUCAGUGAUGUUGCCAUAGACUUCUCUCAGGAGGAGUGGGAAUGCCUAAACUCAGAUCAGAGAAAUUUGUACAGAGAUGUGAUGUUGGAGAAUUAUACUAACUUUAUCUCACUGGACUUUGAUUUCACAAAUGAGACCAACAAGUUAUCUUCAGGAAAAAGCAGUUAUGAAGUAAUUUCAUACCAUCAGGAGACACUGAAAAGAAGUAAAGCCUUUAAGUGUACAGGUUUAUUUUCCAGAAAUGAUCCACAGUGCAGAAUUAAAUUUGGGAGACAACAGAGAACUAAAGUGGGAUAUUUUAGUCAAAUGACAUUCAGAAAACGUAUAUCUCUUUCUCUACAACAGAGAAUUCACACUAGAGAGAAAUCAUAUGAAUGUAAGGAAUGUAAGAAAGCCUUUAGAAAACAUUCACAUCUUACUAAACAUCUGAGAGACCAUUCUGGGGUGAGACCCUAUGAAUGUAAGGAAUGUGGAAAGGCCUUUGGAGUUCUCCAGCAUCUUAUUAGACAUCAGAAAAUUCAUACUGAUUUGAAACCCUAUGAGUGUAAUGGAUGUGAGAAGGCCUUUAGAUUUUAUUCACAGCUCAUCCAACAUCAGAUAAUUCAUACCAGUGUGAAACCCUAUGAAUGUAAGCAAUGUGGGAAGACCUUUAGACGUUAUUCUCACCUAACUGAACAUCAGAAAAUUCAUGUUGGUUUGAAACCCUAUGAAUGUAAGGAAUGUGGAGAAACUUUUAGACUGUACCGACAUAUGUGUCUACAUCUGAAAAUUUAUCAUGGUGUGAAACCCUAUAUAUGUAAGGAAUGUGGGAAGGCCUUUGGUCAUCGCUCAAGUCUUUUUCAACAUAAGAAAAUUCAUACUGGCGAGAAACCGUAUAAUUGCAAACAAUGUGGAAAGGCCUUUGUUCGUAGCUAUCUACUUAUUGAACAUCAGAGAAGUCAUACUGGUGAAAAACCUCAUGAAUGUAAGGAAUGUGGGAAAGCCUUUAGUAGGGGUUCAAGCCUUCUUAAGCAUAAGAGGAUUCACAGUAGUGAGAAACUCUAUGAUUGUAAGGAAUGUGGGAAGGCCUUCUGCAGGGGCUCUCAACUUACACAACAUCAGAGAAUUCAUACUGGCGAGAAACCUCAUGAAUGUAAAGAAUGUGGGAAGACUUUUAAACUUUAUUCAUACCUUAUUCAACAUCAGAUAAUUCAUACUGAUGCGAAACCAUAUGAAUGUAAGCAAUGUGGGAAGGCCUUCAGUCGUGUUGGAGACCUUAAAACACAUCAGUCGAUUCAUGCCGGAGAGAAACCCUAUGAAUGUAAGGAAUGUGGAAAAACCUUUAGACUUAAUUCUCAACUCACUUAUCAUCAGACAAUUCAUACUGGUUUGAAACCCUAUAUAUGUAAAGAAUGUAAAAAGGCCUUUAGUUCUAUAUCAGGUCUUUCUCAACAUAAGAGAAUUCAUACUGGUGAAAAACCCUAUGAAUGUAAAGAAUGUGGUAAGUCCUUUAUUCGUAGCGCUCGACUUACUCAACAUCAGAGAACUCACACUGGUCUGAAACCGUACAGAUGUAAGGAAUGUGGGAAGGCCUUUAGUCAUUGCUAUCAACUUACUCACCAUCAGAGAUUUCAUAGUGGUGAGAAAUUCUUAAUGUAAUUAGAAUGAGAAAGCCUUGAGCCAUGGUACAGCUUCUCCCUUUCGUUGUCACUGUUCCAACAAUUGAUGAUGUCAUGGUAAGGAUUAAAAUUGGUUAACAUAAAAUAGAAACCUUGGAAGGGCAUCUGCUAUAUACUAUUUGCUUACUAAAUAUUGUUGUUGUGUACUGUUGAGCCAAUUCCAACUCUUAGUGACCCCAUAUGACAGAGUAGGGUUUCCUAGGCAGUAAUCUUUACGGGAACAGAUUAUCAGGUCUUCUCCCCCACAGACCUGCCAGUGGGUUUGAACCAUCAACAUUUUGUUUGGUAGCUGAGUGCUUAACCAGGGCUCCUCUACUAAAAUUAGCUACUGUGAUUUUUAUGAUAAUAGUAUUACUAUGAAUUUAUGUGGAAGGAAGGACAUAUGAAUGUAUUUUUUUAAAUUUUGCACCAUCACUCAUCCCUUAUUUAAUUUCAGAUAACUCAUUCUGAACAAAAUCCAGUAGAAUAUUGAAAUGAGAGUUUUUUUAAUUCAGACUUCCAUCUGAAGGUUAAUGCUGGAAAGAAAGUUUUAUGCCUUUGUUGAAUGUAAAGAUGUUGAGAGUAUAACUCUUGAAAAAUUAGUGAUUUGAAGAAAUUUUGCCAUAAUAAAUUCUUUAAUACAUACCAUCCAUAUUCCCUACUAUUCAAGAAAAAAUACAAAUUAACAAUUGGUUAGCUUAAAGAUAAAUGUUGAUUUGGAAAAGUUUUCCCCAAGUUUUUGAAAGUUUUAAAUUUACACAGUUACUGAAAAGGUAGCACAAUAGCACAGCAAAUGCUUGUUUGUCUUCCAUGUAGAUUCAAGACAUUUAUUAACAUUUUGUCAUAUUUAAUAUUUCUCUUUAUAUAUGUAGAAACCCUGGUGGCGUGGUGGUCAGGAGCUAUGGCUGCUAACCAAAAACGUUGGUAGUUCGAAUCCACCAGGCCCUGCUUGGAAACCCUGUGGGGCCGUUCUGCUCUGUCCUUUAGGGUCACUAUGAGUUGGAAUUGACUCGACAGCAUCGGGUUUUGUUUUGUUUUUUCUCUACAUGUACACACACACAGAGAUGCGUGUAUUACAUAUGUUUUAUAUAUAUGUAUACACACAUAUAUGUUGCAUAUAUCAUUUUUGCUGUGCUUUUUGAGUGGAUGGUUUAGGUAUCAUGCUUCAUCUCUAAAAAAUCAACAUACAACUAGGAUUAAAGAUAAUCUAUGUAACUACUAAACCACUGUCAUCUAAAAAAAAUUAACAUUAUUGUCCUAUGAUAUGUACUCCAUUUGCAAAUUUCCUCAAUUGUUUAAAGAAUGUCUUAAAGCUGACUUUUAUUUUUAGAGUCAAGAAACAGACUAAAUUAAUAUAUUUUCUAUGGUUAUGGCUUAUUAAAUCUCUUGGUGAACAACCUACGAUCUUUUUUGUGACAGUUUUUUGAAGACUCAGGAGAAUUGACCUGUAUAAUGUUGCACAUUCUGUGUUUAUGCUAUUGUUUCUCAAGUUGUGCUUAGCUUGUUUUUCUGUCCUCUGUAUUUCCUCUGGACUGGAGGUUAUGUCUAGAGGCUUGAUUGGAUUUCAGAUUAAACAUUUUUGACAAGACUACUUUAUAAAUACUAUUAUGUAAAAAAAUGUAAAACACCAAACGGCAUACAAGGGAAAUCAUUUUUGAUCUCUUGAUUCAUGUCAGAACCACCAGCUCUGUCUAUUGUAUUGAUUCAUUUUUUCCAUUGCAUAUUAUAAGUAAUCCUCUACUUGAGAAUUUAAAUAAACUUAUGUAUUUUGAGGAGUUUUAGGAUGGUGCAAACAGCUAAGCACUUGACUGCUAGCCGAAAGAUUGGCUCUUCAAAUCCACCCAAAGAUGCCUCAGAAUACAGCCUUGGUGAUAUGCUUCUGAAAAUUGAUAGUCUUGAAAACUCUAUGGAGCAGUUCUGCUCUGCACACAUGGGGUCACUAUGUGUUGGAAUUGACUUGCCAGCAAUUAACAACAAAAUAUAUUUUAAAGAAAUUAAACAGUUAACAAAACCAGGUCUUUAUAUUUACCUAUAUACUUAAAAUUUCCCAUGCUUUUUUUUCCUGAAGAUCUGAAUUUCCAUCAGUUAAGAUUACCCUUCAGCAUAAAGAACUUACUUUGGCAUUUCAUGAAGUGCAGGUCUCUUAAGGAUGAAUUUUCAGUUUUCUUUAAUGAAGUGGCUUUAUUCUUGAAGGAUAUUUUCUGUCUUUAGAAUUCUGGGAUGGCAGUUUUUGUACAUUUUUUUUAGGAUUUCAGAUCACUGACUUCUUAUCUCCAUAGUUUAUAGUAAGGAGUCAGUAUCAUUUGAAUGAUUUUCCUCUGUAAUGCAUCAUUUUUCUUGUGAUGCUUUAAAGAUUUUCUUAUUACUUUUGGUUUUCAGCUGCUUGAGUAUGAUGUGCCUGGUGUGGUUUUCUUUGUAUUAAUCCUGUUUAGAGUUCUCUGAGCUCCUGAAAUCUGCACACUUCGGACUUCCACCAAAUUUCAGAAAAUUUUGGCCAUUAUAUCAUCUGUUGUUUUUUCCCUGCUCUUUGCUGUCGUUCUGGGAUUCCAGUUACACAUAUGUUAAACCUUUUGAUGUUGUUUCACAGGUCACUGGCCCUGUUCAUUUAUCUUCAGUUUUUCCCUCUCUGUUCUUCAAAUUGGAUAACUUUAUUUGUUCUAUUUUCAAGUUCAGCUGCUCCUUUUUUCUGUCAUCCCAAUCUGCUGUUAAGCCCAGCUACCAAAUGUUCGAUUUCAAAUAUUGCAUUUUACAGUUCUAGAAUUUUACUAUUUUUUUAUAGUUGCUAUAUUUUACUAAGAUUUCCUGUCUUCAUUUCAAGCAUAUUUUCAAAAUCCUCUUAAUUAUAGUUAAAAUAUUCUGUAUAUUGAUUUGUGCUAGAAAGAUACGUAAAUCCAUUUUGAUUAACUUGCAUUGUGAAAAGUUUUCAUUUCAACAAAUGUUCCUACCUGUUUAGGUAGGUAACAAAAAGAUCUUUUCCUUUCCUUAGAGUUUCAGAUUUAGUUUGUUCAUAUACUGUGUGUGGUACUGGUGAGGAAAACAUAAAUCAUUGUCAUUUUUUGUCUUUGAUCAUGAAAUACUUGGCAAAAAUCUUUUUUUUUUUUUUUUUUAGAAAACAUUGAGUUCAGAUUACAGUAAAUCUUUGUAAAAAUCUUCUACCAUUGAACUAAUGAACAUUGGCAAAGAACAUAAUUUAAUUGUUUUCUGUUUCUUGAAGAGCUGGCAAUGAUUCAUAGCAUUUGCACAUAUAUACUAAAUGAGUUUAUCCAUUAUAUUUUUCAUACAGUACAGCACAGCAAUUAGGGAAACAAGCAUUUUCCUUCAAAUUCUGAGUAAUCCAGAUUUUUUUAUAUAACGUAGAUGAAGUAACAUCUGUUAUGAUGGGAACAGAUUUUUCACACUUAGUUGAAAUUCUUCUUUGACACAUAAAAAAAGAUUCAAGUUUAUGCCAUGAAUCUGAUUUUGAAGUCUGCAAAUGGACAUUUCUUUUUUAUUGGGAAGUCUUGAGACAAUGUACCCAUAAUAUUAAUUGAGAAGUGCCUCUUAUACAACUCAUCUCAAGCUAAAGAAGAAUACUUGAAACUUCUAAUCUUGAAUUAAUUGAUCUUUGAUAUUGUUAGAAAGAUCUUGUGUUCUAUGAGCAAUUGUUUAGUGGCUUACCUGAAGAUAUUUCACUUUUUAUAAAAUAACAUUUUUAGUCUUCUCAUGAUUUCCUAACAAAAUUUUCAUACCUAAACUAAUAAUUGGUUACGUUUCCAACUAAAACUUAAUUUCUCUUUUGUGUAAGAAUCCAAGCCAUUUUAUAGCUGGCUAAAUUUAUAAACUCGUAUUUGUUUAAAAAUUAUUGAGAUUUUUUUGGUUGGACAUUAUGAUUUUAGGCAACUAAUAUAUCCAUUCUUUUUUGCUUAUCAGCAGGAAAACUAUCAAAAUCACUAUGUGUUUGCUGAAAAUGUCUCUUAAUAUUACCCACUUUAUUAACCUAAUUUUUUUUUACAUAAGUGUUUAUUUUGCUGUCACAGAAAAUUGCAAUUGCCAUUCAUCAUGAAAUUCACAAUAAACAUAUUUCCAGUCACUUUUAGUCUCUACCAUUCUGGCUGUAGUAAUGAUCUCUACUUGAUUCUGCUUCAUUGCUGCGUCUGCAUUUUAAAGUUAAAAAUCUGGCUAUAGUUAUUUUUAACCUAGAAUAACACUUACAAUUAAAUUAAUAAGUAUUUCAAUUUAAUUACUAUUUUCUACUUAGUAUCACAGUAACUCGUGUUCAUAAAAUAUUCAAAUAAACACAUUACAAUCAAUUUGUUGAUACCAACUAGAUCAGUGAUGCGUUUAUGUGUAAUACUGGAAAUGACACAUGGCACCCAACACGUACACUAUACUACAAAAAUAAAAUAUCUAUAUGAUGCAGCGAUUACUGUUAAAUGUAGACCUACCAAAACAAUAGAGUUGUCAGUACCAAAAAAAUAUUUUAUAUUAAGUUUUUAACUUAAAAUUAGAUAAUCUGUGUUUCAGAAAGUUCACUCUGGUGGACAAUAUAGAAUAUACUAGAUGUGGCGUGGGAAUGAGAGGAGAAAAAGGAAACAGUGAAGGCAAGAUAUCUUUGCAAUAUUACUGUUGUUAUUAGUUGCCAUUGAGUAAAUUCCAUCUCAUGUCAACUCCAUGUGUGCAGAGUAGAGCUGCUUCAUAGGAUUUUCAAAGCUGUGAGCUUCCGGAAGCAGAUCACCAGGCCUGUCUUCUGGGGCAACUCUGCAUGGAUUUGAACCACCAACCUUUUGGCUAGUUGUCAAGUGAUUAACUUUUUGAGCCACUGAGGGACCACAAUA